CCAAUAUCCUAUGACAUAGUCCGAGGGUAAUUAAUAUACCUUGAUGUUGUGGUGUCUACGUUUUAGUAAAAUAAUAUAGAAUUUUUAUAGUUAAAACGAAAUAAAAUAAUUUCGAAGAAAUGGAUGAAACUAAUUUAUCAUUACCCAGUAGUACAACUUUAGUGUUGCAACCACAAACAUCUGAUGGUCAAGUUGUACAUUUGAAACUAAAGAAACCCAAGAACAAUCAGAAACAAGUAAGUUGGGAUGUCCAUGCAGUUGACAAUGAGCACUUAAACAAGAAAAAAAGCAAAUGCUGUUGUAUUUAUCAAAAGCCAAAAAAAUUUGGAGACCCUGAUGGAAAUGAAAGUAAUGAAAGUGAUAAUGAUGAAUGUGAUAGUUGUAUGGGAAAUAAAAAGACACAUCAGUUGCACAGACAUAAAAGCCAGACUGAGGAACAAAAUGAAGAAAAUGAUUCAUAAACUAUUCUUAUAAAAUACUUCCUUGAGUAAAAUCAUCUACUUCAAAUUAUAGUUUUUUUGUUAAUAUAACUGUAUAGUUAUUUAAUCCCAUUGUAUCUUUGAAUAUGCAUUUUAAGAAUUAUUUAAUUGUUCCAAUAAAAAGUUCAUUUUUAUA